AAAUUACCUUUUUAUUGGCCUCCUCGAGAUCCAAACGACCCAAAAUUAAAGAUAUUUUCAGAGGAUGCUGAAAUGGGUGCCCAAAGUGGGGCACCGUCUCUGAUCCGCAGAGAUUCAGAAGGAUACCUGGUGAGAGAAAUCACAGCCAUGGAUCGAUGGUCAAUGUUGGAAAGUCAAUUCGAAGACAGUGGUGGUAAUGGUGAUUUUGGUGGAUUUGGGCUGGCCAACGCAGAUCAGAGUGUGGAAUAUGCUCAAAUAAACCAAGCUUACUAUGCAGACCAAACAUACGAUGGUAUCUAUCAAGCUCAAGUGAAUGAAGAUUUCCGCGAAGAUGAUUACUGUGAUGGAGAGUAUGAUGAGAUGGAAGAUUAUGAAGACGAAGCAGCGAUGAACAAGGAAAUGCCUGAUAUGACUGAUGUACCUGGUGUGGAUGAACUAAAUGAUGAGUUUGGUUACGAUUCUGGCGGAUACAGUGAUUACGAGGAGGACUACUAAACAAAAAAGUCCCUUUGUAAACCUAUUCCUUUCUUCUUAUGUUAUUUUAACACUUGAUAUUUUACUCUUAUUAAAAUGAAAAGAGAGAAAAGGAUGUAUUUUAACGUUAAAAGAAUGGUAAAAAUGAUAUAUAU